AUUUAAAUUUUUGAAUAAAAUCAUAAUUUCAAUUUCAAUUUUAAUUUUAAUUUCAUUCAACUCUAAAAAAAAUAGUUUGAAGUUGAUAUUUAUACAAGAUGAUGCGUCGAAAUUUAAUCGUGGUUUUCAAGCCAGUUAAAACGAAUUCAGUAGUUUUAUCGGAAUUAAAUCAUCGAUUGAUGAUGUUAAACGAUAAUAAAAAUAGUUGCCUGAAUCUUGUUAACAAUAAUGUUGAUUACUACUGUUCCUGGCUACCAUAUGGAAAUCAAUCAAUACGAGACACCGAAAUUGGUAUCAAUUCAUCUGUAGCAGAAGCAAUAGGAUUGUAUGAAGGCGCAAUUUUAAGUUGCAAAGUCGUAGAUGAUUUGCCAACGUUGGACACAGUUUAUGUCACUGCAACGAAUCAAAAAGAUUGGGAAAUACUCGAAGCAUCUAGUUACCGUAUACAAAACACAUUGCUGGAUCAAACCCGUAUAAUAAAUGAGGAUCAAAAACUGAUUGUCUGGGUCAAUAGUGCCAUUCACAUAACAUUAAAAAUAGAAAAACUUCAACCAGAAACGAAAUACGGUAAAAUAGAGAGAAACACUGAAAUCAUUGUAAAACCAUUCAAUAGUGCAGUUCAGUCUGACAAAAAAGUAGAAAGUAAAAUAGAAUCUCUUUCGAAACACAACAACGAGAGUCAAAAUUUGAAUCACAGUCGAAAUCAGAAUCAGAGUCAGAGUUCAUUGUACGAUCGCCUGUAUAAAAAAGAUGAAAAAAAUGAGCAUACCUCUUCAUCGCCACAGCGGCAACAUGAACCGCAGUCGAAGACAAAUGGAAAAAUUAUUGAUAGUACCACUUUAGACAAUGUUUCGGAAAAAUCAUCUGACGAAGACGACUCAUCGGAUGAAGACUCAGACGGUACAGUUUACGAUGGAAAUGCACAAACAUUUACAAACAACUCUAAUUCAUCCCUGUUCAACAAAGACGAGUCCAAUUCGAAGAAACCAAAGAUUAAACUACCCAAAUUGGAUGUUCAAACUCGUUUAUUUGACGCCAUGUUAGCCGAACUAAAGAGUCAAGAUCGAAAAAGUUACAAGUUCAGGGCGAUACCAAAGAAAUGGUGCAACCGUUUCCAGAUGUCUGAUGUAUUUUUGACAAAACAUAAUAUCCCCGAUGAUCUUGAUCCAAAAACAAUUUACAUAAUGAAUGGUGAAGUCCUGAACGAUAAUGGCGAAUUAGUUGCAAAGGAAUAUUAUGUCAACAUAAAAGUGGUUGCCGAAUCUGCUGAAAUCCCCAAGAAUAUUUACCCGUCAAUAGAAUUACAUGAUAUUCUGUUGGCACAAAUGAAACUACCAAAAUUUAGCCGUGUGACAUUGAGCACCAAAAGAACUGUCUUAAAUUUCGUCGAGAAGAUUGAGUUGAUACCGGUCAAUACGUCGGAAGUUUGUAACAAGCAAGACAUUAUGGAAGAUUUCAAGCGGUUACUGAUCAAAUGCUCACGAUCGGCGCCAUUACUUAUAAAUCAAGAACAAAUAUUCAAAUUGUGUGAAGGAAAUGGUUUUGUAGUUGCAAAAAUCUACCCAGAAUCGUUCAGAUAUUGUUUAUGUGAUGCAGAAAUACUACGUGAAAACAAAUUAUUUAUUUCAGAAAACCAAAGAGAUAUUAUGCAAACGCUAACAGCUGCUGAAGAGAUUCAUUCUCUUCGCAAUUCAAAACAAAAUGAAGAAACGAAAUCAUUGGUGUAUUUGAAUGAGAACGAAAAUAUCAUUGGGGAUUGUUUAGAAUAUAUUGUUCAAAAGAGUUGUCUAGACGAAAGUAAUCGUUUGCGUAAGCCAAAUAACUAUCUGAUAAUUGGAUCGCAGACGACGGGCAAAUCAACAAUCUGUGCGAAAAUCAUAGAAAAGCUGGAACAACCUCCGUACAAUUGUCACAUAGAAGAGUUUAAUUGUGCUCAGAACAAGGCGAGAAAGGCGGAAUCAAUACAGAGGGAUUUACGCUACAUUUUCACGCGGUGCGUUGAGCGUGCCCCAUCCGUUUUACUAUUGGAAAACUUGGACACAUUGGCAAAAUCAGUUUCAGAUCAUUCUCAAAAUGGAGACUACUACAAUCAAAUUUCAGAUAUAAUCAAAUAUAUGAUCUCCAUGUACACGGAGAAUUGUGCAAUUUCUUUAAUUGCAACGGUCACAAAUAUCAAUAAUUUGAAUCAACGUUUGUACACCUCCCGUGGCAAUCAUAUUUUUGGGAAAAUGUACAAAAUUCCUGAAUUGACAAAGGAAAAUCGACAAAAAAUCAUCUAUGAAUUGAGUGUGAACAAUGAUUUGAAGUGUGACAAUUUGAAUUUUACCAAAUUAGCAAAUCUGACUGAAGGGUACACUAUAGGAUACCUACUGCAAUUCAUUGACCGAGCCAUGUUUUAUGCAUAUCGUAAUGAUAACAAUAAUCCAACACUCACCAAUGAUGUAUAUCUGGAAUCCUUGAAAACCACAAAUGAGUACUGUUUGCAGGGGAUCGAAAACAAUGUGCAUCUCGACGAAUCUGACGUAGGAAAUCCGACACAAACGAGCACAAAUAAAUUUCCCGGUCUUGAGAAAGUUGUCAGUGUAUUUGAAGAAGUUCUUGUAUGGCCUACAAAAUAUCCUAACAUUUUUGGACAAUCUCCAUUGCGCAAUCAAGCUGGUGUCUUGUUAUAUGGCGCACCGGGAACGGGCAAAACAUAUUUAGUCUCACAAAUAUCUCGUCAUUGGAAUCUUCGUAUGAUUUCGGUGAAGGGUCCGGAGCUGCUAGCAAAAUUCAUUGGACAAAGCGAAGAAAAUGUUCGAAAUCUAUUCGAUAAAGCACGAAAUGCGAAACCAUGUGUUCUGUUUUUCGAUGAGUUCGAUUCGAUCGCCGCGCGGCGCGGCCAUGAUAAUACAGGAGUUACGGACAGGGUGGUCAAUCAACUACUCACGGAGCUCGACGGGGUUGAGGAGCUGAAGGGCGUUAUAGUAGUGGCAGCAACUUCGCGGCCCGAUCUGUUGGAUCCGGCUCUAUUGCGUUCGGGACGUAUCGAUCGAUUGGUUCAGUGUACACUCCCAGACUCUUCGGCACGGCUAAAUAUAUUCAAACAUAUAGCCGAAUCGUCAUCAUUGAAAUUGACAUCUGAUAUUAACUUCGAAUUCUUUUGCGAUAGUAAAACGGAUAACUAUACUGGUGCGGACAUUAAAAGUAUACUGGUUUCCGCAAAUAUGAUAGCUGUGAAAGAGUCUAUUGCCAACAAUUCAGAUAAUGUUCCCGAUGAAAUCUACAUCAAUCAAGGCCAUAUGAUUGAAGCUUUUAAAAAUACAAAACAGUCGCUAUCGUAUGCAGACACAAUAAAAUAUAGAUCUUUAUACGCCAGAUUUUUGAACCAAGAAGAAUCCAGCCGAGUACUUUUGGGCGCACAAAGGACAACAUUAGCUUAGUAUUUUUAUGUAUUGGUUUUGUUUACAAAUGAUUUACGCUUUUGAUUUAUUCAAACGAAAAAAAUAAAAUAAAAUUGGAUAAUGUUUCUGUUUAACUCCG